AUGACCCCGGGGCCGGGAGGCAUAUCAAACUUCCUGGAAGGGAUGGGCCGCGACGACUUCAAACUACACCUGGUCGGCUUCUUGAAUUUCGCCGCGUUCGAUGGCCUGAAGCCAUACCACGAUAUAAUCUUCCGAAAUAGGGUCGAACAGCGCUGUCUCGCGAGGUGCCAAGAAUUGAGGAUCGGUGUGAUUGUACUCAUAUUGCACGCCAGGGCCCACCUUCUGUUCCCCGAGGAUCCAGUCAUGAAGGACACAUCACGCGUUGUGGCUUCUCUAGUCUACCUCCUGGAGUCGCUCAAGAAGCUUCGGCAGAGGUUUGAGGGGAUGGGACGAGGCCGGUGGGAUACACAGAACGACGCUGUAGUACUCGGCGCCAUUGAGUCUCAUCUUGAUAGUGUGAUGGAUAUGGCUACGGCCCUAGACCGGAUGAAGGGACUGGCCAACGGCUUGGCUCUUGUGGCCAAUGACCGGCCUCAAAGAGCCAUACUGCGGACAUCAAUUGGUGGCGAGAUGACCAACUGGCCGAGGGUGUGUGGGUAG